ACUUGUUCUGCAACAGACGCUAGCCACAUAGCGACACAUCUCCUAAUAUAGGUUUAAAUUGGACGACGAUAAGGAAAAGUUUAUUAUUGCAACUGUAGCGUUAGCAAAGUCGUUGCCGAUAUUGUAACCCAAAUGAUACCGCAUUUCCAUCCGAUGAUCGCAAGAAGUGACUUGGCUAGACUACGUUAUAUUUGAAUUGACUGCAAUCUAUGUUGCCUAUCUGAUAUUCAUUGCGGAUGUUAUAUGGAUUCAGUGGAUACUAAAGCAUGCAUUGCCUUUAAAUAGUUUUAUUUUAUAACUGUCUCCGUUUUUCGUGAUAGUUUUUUUCGUCUGGCUACAUACUAUGCUACCAACUUAUUUUUUACAGUCUCUGCUCAGGUCGCAGCAGUAGUCCCGUGUGGGACAUGUAGCUGGCUAACUCUGGGGAGCAAAACGAAAUAAGCAGACGUUGAUAUUCGUCACCUGAAUGCAUUUAUUAUUAUACUUUUUUAAAUUUAUCAUUUAAACAAUUCCAGUAAGACAGACUGAAAUUCAACAAGGGAAGCUAACCUCUACGCGGUUAGUAGGCUACCGAUUCCUUUAAUGCUUGCGUUCAGUGUUAUUUUACGGACCCAAGCAAGAGGUUUGUGGUUGCACCGUCUUACCAGGACACCGAGUUUAAUUGGAGAACAGUGCAGAAUGUCAUCCGCAAUCCCACUGGCAGCAGUAUGUCAGGUGACCUCUACCCCCGACAAAGAGGCCAACUUCACAGCUUGCAAGAGACUGGUGGAACAGGCAAAGGAGAGGGGUGCCUGCAUGGUCUUCCUUCCAGAGGGCUUUGACUACAUUGGGUCCAGUCGCGAUGAAACCCUCCAGCUGUCUGAGAGCAUGGAAGGGGAGACAAUCUCACGCUACGCUGAGCUGGCCAGGAAGUUGGAGGUUUGGCUUUCGCUCGGAGGAUUUCAUGAACGAGGGGAAAGCUGGGAGAGUGACAGGCGGAUCUACAAUAGCCACGUCAUUGUAGACGCACAGGGAGAUAUAGUGUCGGUGUACAGGAAGGGCCACCUGUUUGAUGUGGAGUUGGCAGGAAAGGGUGUGUCCCUGAAAGAGAGUGCAUUCACCAUCCCAGGACCCUGCCUAACCCCCCCUGUCCAGACGCCCAUCGGCAAGGUGGGAUUGGGUGUAUGCUAUGAUCUGCGAUUUCCGGAGCUGUCAUUGGCUCUCAUGCGGCAGGGGGCGGAGAUUCUCACAUAUCCGUCGGCUUUCACUGUGACCACAGGGGCAGCCCACUGGGAGGUGCUCCUCCGCGCCCGAGCCAUCGAGACGCAGUGCUUCGUCCUGGCCGCCGCCCAGGUGGGCAGUCACCACGCCAAGAGGGCCUCGUACGGCCACGCCCUGGCCGUGGACCCGUGGGGGGCGGUGAUGGGCGACUGCGGGGGCGUGGAAGUGGGCGUGGCCCUGGUGGAGAUUGACAUGCAGAAGCUGAGGGAUACGCGGCGGGACAUGCCAGUGCAGCAGCACCGCAGGGAGGCCACGUUCUACAGCAGCCUGGACUGAGCGGAGAAGGCCCAUUGAGGCCCAUUUUUGUGUUCAUUCAGAUGACCUGGUAUGAAAAUAUAGGCUUUAGUAAAAGGAGACUUGGGGGUGAUUUGAUUGAGGCUUUUAAAUUCGUAAAAGGGGAUCAACAAAGUGAACUACAAGAGAUUCUUCAGGCUGAGUUCUGUCAGUAGAAUGAGGGGACAUAAAUGAAAAUUAGCAAAAGGUAAAAUGGUUAUUUUAUGUUUUCAAGGUAAAACUCCUGCAUAGUAUGCCUUUAAAAAUACCAUAUGAUAUAAUCGAACUACUUGUUUUUUCAAGAUGCCUUCCACUCCUCACUUACAAUGAGCUGAUUGACUAAGCACAUUUAAUUAUGUAAAUGUAAGUAAAGCCAAAGAUCAUGUAUUGUCGUGCCUCUUGCUUAAUUCUGCUGUGUCACUUUUGUUCAGUAUGACCAACUGUAAUUAGUCCGAUCUGUUAAAGUAUUCUCAAAGUGUCUAGCUUCCCUCUUUGGUUUCAUUUUUUAAAAUUCAGUCUCCCAAAUCCCACAAGUAUGGGCCUUCGUUGUUGUAUAAUGUUGUUUGAAAAAGGUCCAUAUCCUGUUGCUUGGUGUAUGUUAACAAAUGAGCCAUUUGUCUUGUUGAAUGUGUUUUCAGUAUUAUUCAUUUAAUUCUUGUUUUAUUUUGAGAUGCAUUUUAAGGGGGUUGUGUUCUUCAUGAUUUAAGUAAUUAUAGGCAAAUAAUUAUAUUUAACGUAUUUAUUUUACAGUAAUCUUGAUUUUGGACCAAGACCGAUUUUGGAAAGAUAUUUGAUAUAAAGUUUU